UUGGAUGUCUAUCGACAUAUAUUCAAACGCUGUUCUUCACAUUCAACCAAACAACCCAUUCUGUAUUUUAUUAUAUGGAUAAUACAUGAACCUUUGUUAAUGUUCGAGUUUCGCUUUUAUUCAACGGAACUAGUUGGUCUGAAAAUCGUGACGUCAACGGACCAAUUUCUGUGUUACACACAAAGCGUCCUGGACCCGUAAUUACCAAUAGGGCUUUUUAAAAAUAUAAAUGUCGUUGCACAGAAUAGCAUUUUAAUCAAUGACCCUAAGAAACAGAGUAUCCAACCACGUUGGCUUGGUUCUCGUAGCAAAUGCCAUCCAAGCUACAUCAAUUGAGUGAUCCAGAGUGCUGCAUCUCCAGUGACUGACAGACAGUUAAAGGAGGAUGUCAAAUGCAGGGAACCAAUCAUGUCUGAUGGUCGCUGAGGACACAGUCGCCUUCCUAGUUUGUGGCUUUCAUGCCUUGGAGGAAUGGCUUGGCCUCGGUCAGCUGGAGGACUACCUGAGUGUUUUGGAAUACCUAUUGUGGGUCUUCACCCCUCUGGCUAUCGUCUUUAUCCUGCCCUUCCUCAUCGUCAUCCUCCUGUAUCUCUCGAUACUUUUUCUUCACGUCUAUAAGAGGAAGAAUCAGUUGAGAGAGGCAUACUGCAACAACCUAUGGGAUGGAGCCAGAAAGACCCUGGCAACUCUGUGGGACGGACACGGCGCCAUAUGGCACGGCUACGAGAUCCACGGCAUGGACAAGAUCCCCGACAAGGGGCCGGCGCUCAUCGUGUACUAUCACGGAGCCAUUCCCAUUGAUUACUACUACUUCUUGGCCAAUGUCAUUCUCCAGAAAGGACGGACCUGCCACUCGGUCGCUGACCACUUCCUUUUCAAAAUACCAGGGUUCAAAUUGUUGUUGGAGGUGUUCAGUGUGAUGCACGGUCCCCAGGAGGAGUGUGUGCAGGCACUGAAGAAUGGCCACCUGUUGGCCAUCUCUCCGGGAGGUGUGAGGGAGGCUUUGUUCAGCGAUGAGACUUACCCUCUUCUUUGGGGCAAACGCAAAGGCUUCGCCCAAGUCGCCAUCGACUCGCAAGUGGCCAUCAUUCCAAUGUUUACCCAAAAUGUCAGAGAAGGCUUCAGAUCGCUGGGAACGCUGAGAUUUUUCCGUUGGCUGUAUGAGACCUUUCGUCUUCCUAUAGCUCCCAUCUACGGCGGAUUCCCAGUGAAGUUCCGGACAUUCCUUGGCGAGCCGAUCCCCUACGACCCCAACAUUACCGCUUUGGAGCUGGCAGAAAAAGUAAAGCAGGCUGUGCAGUCCCUCAUAGACAAACACCAGCAGAUCCCAGGGAACGUUCUGAGAGCCCUUCUGGACAGAUUCCGCUCCAAAUACAAAAGGGAAUAGCCUCUGCAUCCGUCAGCUAUCCAUUCGGCAGCGGGAACGUGCAUUCGACUCCAGAAGGAUGACGUCGAAGCGGAAAGUGCUUUGGCGACGCAAGUCAACUUUUCUCACGCGCCGCCGAAGACUUGAGACAUUUGCUGCGGGUGCAGUUUCGGUGCUAAACACGACUGGUCACUGCGUACGUUUGCUCGCUUUAUACAUAUUCCCAAAACGAGACUUCUUGAAGGGUCUUGGACGUCUUUUUUUAAAAAUUUUUGUCUAAUUUGCUACAUUUUUUGCCUAAUUUGCUCCUGCCAGCGUCCUGUGUGGCAGCAGUCUCCCAUUGUUUUAUGAAUGUGUGUGUCAUUUUCAGGAUUUCUAAAGCACUUUGAGCACCAUAUGGGCUAGGUAAAGUGCUGUAUAUGUGGGGUCUGGUUUGUCAUAAUUGGAAAUUUGUUGUUUCACCGAUUGUUUGAUAACAGUGUCCUGGCUGCUUUAAAUGUACAUGUGAAGUCUAUUUAACUGAUUUUAAUGAGACAAACUGAAUAGGGCACUUUUAAAAUGGAAUAAAAUUAUUUUUUCAGGA